UACUUCCCUGCGCACGGUCGCGCUCUCGCCGACGCCCUAUCCCGUUUUCAGAAUAAGCUUGAUGAACUACAAUUUUUCGUCCGAAACCCCAGCUUUCUACGACCCGAGCACGCCGCCUUAAAUCGCAUCUGGUGCCUCUUUUGCGCGGUCGAUAUCAGCGAGAUUGGCGGCCAAUUCGUCUGCGGCAAUGCUAUCCGUCAUUUGGCGAGCGAGGAACACUUUGGGAAUCUAAAGAGGUUUCUUUGGAAGCAUGGAAAAGGGAUUGAGCGGAUCGAUUUAUUUAGACUUUCUAAGGCAGAUCUUCUGAAGUGGGAGAAGGGAUGCGAGGCAUUGACGAAUAUUGCUUGCAGUUCAAGCGAAGGACCAAUAGGACCAGUUCUGGAGCUGUCUAAAGAUAUCCAAUUCCAGCAUGAGCAUAACUCUAAUAAAAUGGAUACUUUUGAUAAUCAUUCUAUUAGUUCUUUUAGUUCAAAUGUUUCUCAUCCUGUUUUGCCUUUACAAAGAUUUACAAAUGAGAAUUAUUGGGUAUGCCAACCAGAUGGUAAUGGCUCUGCAACUGCUGCCCAUGCUGCUCAU